AUGGACGAAGGAGAAGACGAAUUGGAAUGGUGGGGCAAGAACGAGGGGGAAGAAGACGAGGGAACGCGGCCAGCCUCGAUUAUCUCGUACCAUUCGGAGGACUUCAUCUCGAAGCCACGAACCUCAAGUGGCGGAACAAUCCCGCUGGAUUUCUUACAAUUCGAUUAUUCAUUCGGCUACGACUGCCGCAGGCGUUUCAACCUUUGCGCGGCCGACAGCCAGACGCUGAUCUUCGCGUCGGGUAAUCUAAUCCACUUCCUGAGCGUGUCGAGUGGCGAGCUGACCUUCCGCCGCUGCUCCACCGGGGGUGGAGUUGGCCACAUCACAAAAAAUCCAAAGUUCAAUCACAUCGCUGUCGGCGAAAACGGACUAGAUCCGCCAAUCAUUAUCUACGAGUGGCCGAGCAUGGAAAUAGUGACGGUCCUGCGCAAGGGUACCACGCGCUCGUACUCGCACUUGCGUUACAGCCCAAACGGCCUGCAACUGGUGUCCCAAGGUGGCAAUCCAGACUACCUUAUCACCGUGUGGGACUGGCAAAGCUCCAAGAUCGCAUUGCAGUGCAAAAGUCACGGUCAGGACGUUUACAACGUGACGUUCUCGGAGACGAUGCCCGACCACAUGACUUCAUGCGGCUGCGGGCACAUCAAAGUUUGGAAAAUGGCUAAGACGUUUACUGGACUGAAGCUGCAAGGCGAGCUUGGUCGCUUUGGCAAAACGGAGAUUUCGGAUAUCGUUGGCGUCUACCAGAUGCCCGAUGAAAAAGUAAUAUCCGGCUGCGAAUGGGGCAACAUACUAGUGUGGGACGAGGGUCUGAUAAAGAUCGAGGUGUGCAGAAAGAACCGGCGACCCUGUCACUCGAGCUACAUAUCGCAAUUCGAGUACGUCAACGGGGAGCUCAUAUCAGUAGGCAGCGACGGCCUGAUAAACUUCUGGUUUUACGAGACGAUCGACCAGGCGGAGCCCACGGAAGAAAGCAAUUUCGUCGAGGUCGAGCCCAUUUACGAGUUUAGAAUCGGCUCUCAGGCCGACGAUGAGGAGUCACCGAGGCGCGCAAUGCUUAUGCAGAUUCUUAAGCGGCAUCCCGACGACGUCGACGACAAUUCGUGGUUCGCCCAGGACGGAAACGGGGGGAUAUGGCUGAUAGACUUGUCGAUCAUGCCAACGCCGAAGCCAUCGCUGAGACUACUAACGUGCCACGCUGGACCGGUCAUGGAUAUGGACGUCGCUGAUUGGGGUCCAUUCGCCGCGACCAUCGGGGCGGACGGCUGCAUGCACAUUUACAAUUAUCACGCGAGGCAAUUGAAUUUGGCCUACGAGUUUCUCGAUGCCGGCCGCUGUAUUAUCUGGUUAGCCUGCUCCGUGGAGCCCAGCGGGUCGACGCUAAUUUGCGCGUUCGACAGUGGAGUCGUUCGAAUGGUGAACGUUGAUAUCGACAAUAAGCUCGUUACAAUCGUGCAAGCUCUGAAGCCACACACAGCGUCGAUCAAUCGCAUGACGAUUAACUCGGAUCACAGUUUGUUGGUUACCGCGAGCGAGGACUCGUCGAUUUUCGCAUUUCACAUUCAAAUCGACGAAUCGCACCCUAACUUAGUUCCAAUCGGAUACGUGCAAGUUCCCUCGUGCGUGACGUUCAUGACUUGGAAGCCGAACCACUUGUCGACGAUAUUUUUGGGCUGUCUGGAGGGCGACUGCGUGCAAGUGGAGCUACCGCAACGACCGCAACCUUACACCAAAAUCUCGUACAAGCUGAGCGAAUGCAAGCCGACAGCGUUCAAAUUCGAAUCCGUCAAGUCGUCGAUCAUUCGCGAGCAGGCGCGCCAAGAAAACGAGCGGCUAAGGCAAGAAAAAAUCGCCGAAAAGAAGGAAGAGUUGCAGAGGUUACUCGAAGCCAAUCCGAAUUUGGAAAUCGACGAGCAAGUAUUCCUUGAGUCCGAGUUGGAAGAGGAGCCAGCGUUGCCCGAAAUCUACAUACCAGAUGUUCCAAACCGCGUGCUCGCUGGCUUUUACACCACGAGGGACACGCUUUUAUUAUCGAUGGCCGGCUAUGACGCCGGAUACACGUACGAAUAUUCCAUUCCCGAGAUUGACAAAGAAACCAAGCAUGUGGCCAGUCAUUUAGUCGCCGACUGCGGGGAUCAAGAGAUUCAAUGCUGCCUAUUCUACAACGAUCGCAAGUACGUUGUGCUCGGGAUGGAGCGCGGGGAGAUUCGUGUCUGCAGGCUCGACCCGCGCGACGAGGCGGACCUCUCCGAUUACUGGAUCUUGCCGAUGCACGAUUGCUUCAACGGACGCAUAUCGAGCAUGCGACUGAGCUAUGACCGCAGGAUGCUGCUCACCUGCGGCUACGACGGCAACAUUUUUUCCUUCUUUGUCAACGACGCGCUGCCUGCUCCACAAGUGCGAGUCCCCGAGAAGAAGUUCACGGCUGAAUUUGUACCUGGAGUAGCGGACAUCGAGGAACCGGAUCAUCCGAGUUUGGAGCAAAUGAUCGUGAAGGCCGAGGAAGAUCGAAUAAUGGCUCAAGCUAAAGCUGAAAAGGAAAAGACGCUUGCUGCACUGCGAGAAUUGACCGAGGAAUACAAUUCGAUUUUAAAGAGAAACAGCGAAUUGCCAGCAUCGCAAAGACUGACCGAAGAAGAGUUGGAACUCGAUCCGAGAAUAACGAAAGACCUGAACGACCAGUUAGACGCCGAAAUGGACGUGGUGCGCAAAAAGUUGGCGUACGAUCUCGAGAAGUGCGAGCUUCGACUGAAAAAGCUGAUGGGCCAUUUCGUCGAGCCGAUCACCUGCUUGCCGUUCGCCGUGAGGAGAAUACUAAAGCCAGACACAAUGGUGCACUCUUUGCGCGAAUUAAAACUGACGGGCGACUACGCCGUCGAGCGGGACGACCCAUCAAAAAAAUUAACCGACCUCUGCCAAGAAGGCGAGCCAACCGGGAUGAGCACUCAACCGAGCCCUUCCUUGAACGAAUCAACGAGGACUGCACAAGAUUCAGAUUCAGACGACGACAAGGACGACGCGACGGGGGAAGGAGCCGAGAUCCAAGCCAUGGAAAGUUUCCUGAAGGGCUUGAGCCCCAAAACGGUGCAGUGCCAGCUCGGCGAGGAGAUCAAUCAGAUGCUGAAGAAGUAUCGCGCGCUCAAAGCCAAGCUCGAGGAGCAGCAGCAGGAAUGGAAGGCGCUGCAAUCGCGAAAACCCGAUCCCACGGCCGUCGAUCCCGAGGACGAGGCGGCCGUCGAGCACGCGAGGAACACCAUCGGCGACUGCAAGCUGAAAACCGCCUUGAGUUCGGACGGAAGCGCGAGUCGGCCGAGCGUCGCGAGCAAGCACAGCCAGAUAAUCCACUGCCGACGGAAGAUACACUUUCGCCGCGAGGAAUUCAACGGCAAGCUGCGCGAGCUGCGCGCUCGUAAAGUCGCGCUGCGGACCGAGGUGGAGGGCCUGACCAAGCGACUGAAGAACAUCCACGCCGAGCUGCCCGAGCAGUGGACAAAGCCAGCGCCCGAGGCGCCGAACUUCGAUUACGAGCUGGAGUUCCCCGAAAGGAAUCUGGAAAUGGAGGACUACACGUCAAUGGCGGAGCGCGUCAAGCAGACAAAACGCCGCAAACAAUCGGUGCUGCUGGAGCUCCAAGUGGACGAGUUCGACGAAGAGUACGAGGCGCUAUUGUUGGACGAGACGCGAUUCAAGCGCGCGCCGCACCGACACGUGUCCGCGUACGAGGAGGCUCGCCAGAUUCGGAUCACCGUGCCGCCGGAUGCGCUGGCCGCCGCCGAGCAAGCCGACAAUGGCGACAGCAAAAUUGAGCGCGAAAUGAAGAGGAUGCGGGCCGCGAGAAAGAGCCACGAGCAAGAUCGGAUUUUGGAGCACAUCGAGAGGAGCUACGCCUCCUUCGACGAGGAGCUCGACGAGAUGGAGAAACGGAGACUCGACAUCGUUCACGAAAGCGUUUACACGGACUUGUUUCUUCUGACGAUGCAUCAAGAGCUGAUGGUUUUGAAAAGAUUCGAAGGCGCGGAGAAUCAACUGUCGUCUAAAGUUAACGACAGAGCGAACGCGAAAAACGUCGUCAGAAAUAAAAUGCAAAAACUAACCGACAGAGUGGACGAGAGAAACGCGACCAUCCGCAGGCUGCAAGAGAGAAUCAAGGAAGCUCAGGCGCGAUAUUUGAAUUCCAUCAAGGAAGACAAAUUCUUUAGUUUUCUCAAACGCAUUUGCAAAAAGAAAUGGAAGCCUUCGAAAAGGGACGACGAAUCGUCGUCCGAAUCGUCAUCGGCGGACAGUGAUUCCGAGGACGACAGUGUCGACGAUCAAGGCAGCGACGCCGACAGCCACGACAUGAACGUACUGCCACUGGACGAGAACAAUUGUCCCGACGGAUGCGAUCGUGAUCUCUACGAAGAAGCUUUCGCCGUUCGCAGCAAGCGCUAUGACCUGGAGCACAGAAUCAAGGACCAUCAGAAGACCAUUGAAAACUUGCAGCAGGAGCUGGAUUCGCAGCGUAAAGCUUUGGAAACGAUUGAGAGCGAAUUGAAAACCGAUACGGAGCAACUGCAAGCUUUGUUGAGAGAGAAACAGAGACAGCUAAAUGACAUCGACGUGACGGUCGUGCUGAAACUGCACCAGUUACAGUGUUUCACGGAGGAGGACAAAGCUGAGAAAAUACAGAACUGCAUAGUGUUCGACAAAGACAAAUUGUCGCAGCUGUACGCGAGAGUAGGCGAGCUACAGCAAGAAACAGCGGAUCAAUUGGCGAGGCACAAGAGUGAUAAGUCGAAUCUUCAUACAAUGAAACUGGAGUGCGAGGCAGUGAGAAAGGAGCUGGAAGCUUUGAAACAGCAGAUUAAAGAGGAAAUGCAGCACAAGUUUGGUCAGCAAGUGUCGCUGGUUACUCUGUACGAGGCCGUUUUGCGUAGAUUGAUUUAUGACAUCAAAGCGAACACUGGCUCGCUGAUCAAAUUCUACGACAGGAAAAUCAAAAGCAUCAAAGUCGAAUACAAGCAGCAAUUGCAAGUGUUGAAAGAUUUGAUACAAGAAAACACGGAGAAAAUCAAUUUCCUUACGGUUCUGGAGGAAGAGUUAUUCAAACUACGCAAAAAUUUAGACACAAAACUCAUGUCAGAGGAAGAAAUAACAAAGCUUGAAUCGCAAUACGAAGCCGAUUUGACCAAACUCAAGACCUUGCUGAGAAAUCAAGAAAAAGAAAAAGAAUGGCUUUACAUGGAUAUCAUAAGUCUCACUAACAAAACAAAAAAUUUAGUCCCACUCGACCAGCUGAAAUCAAAAACUUGCAUGGGGAAGUACAAACCAACGCUAACGUUAUUCGACAGAGCUGAAAAGCAAGGAGCCAAACAUCGAAAACACGAGGACGAUGCUUCUACUAGUAAUGAGGCUAGAGAAUUGUUAACGGAGGACGUUGAUUAUUAUAAAAAAAUAAUCGCGAUAAGGCAUUUACUGUCGCAAGUAGCUACAGUAGAUGAAACGAAUACGAGGGCGACGAUUGAAAAAAUGUUGACUGAAAUCGCCGAGAAUUUGAAACGAGCUGGUUGUUGCCAGGAAGAUAUCGAGAAAAAUAUUAGUGAAAUCAUCGAUAUUUCACAUGAAGGAGAGGAAACAGCUGAAGUUUCAAGUCAAGAUACUAUAACGAAAAGUCUUAGUGAUUUGAUUUACCGGUAUGACGCAGCAACGAUGGAAGUCCCGCUAAAUUUCAUAAUCAAUGAACAAGUCCGCGAGAGGAUAAACGAUUUAUGCACUAGCGUAGGCAUCCUGGACACAACAGGACACGUUAUUCAAUCCUUGAUCAAUAAAUUGAAAGCGCCGGAUAACAUGUCCUCCGCGUUGCAAUAUAUUUUCCAUAAGCUACCGACGGAUACCGAUAAGGAGACACUCGCGGCUCUACGACGGCACAUCAGGAAAACAUUAAAGGAGAUAAUGAUUGGACUCGAUGAAGACGAAUCGCGAGAAGACGAAUGCUGA